AUGUGGCGGCGCGGUUUGGUCCACCCGAGAGACGCCGAGGCGUGGAAAACCGCCUUCAUCGACAUUGAGGGUGGUGGCCAAGGACAGCUUGUUGUUUCGGCGGCAGAUGAUACCUGGCGAGUGAUCCUCUGCUGGGCAUCAGCUGGCAGGAGGAUCGAAGUCGAUCCCCGAGGCAUCCCGUUCUCUCUCGUGGACCUUCAGGGUUCGCCUGUACAAAACAAGAACGCUCUUGACGGCGGGAACUACUUCCGCAACCUGUAUUCGAUCCUGCUGGAGCGAGACAUCGGGGAAGAAGAGUUCGACACAUGGGUUUCGGGGGAUACCAAACCACCUCCACUGACGUUACGCCAUCUCCACAAAUGGCUCAAUACGAACAAGGCUAACGUCGUUGUGUGGUCACACAGGGGCACUGGCGCCGAUGUUGCUGGGCCAUCUGACGAGAAAACGAAUCUCCGACCGCCCACAUUGCACGUUGGGGUUCGUGAGGGACACGUUUACCGGCUGGUGCUCGUGGGGCCUUGGAGGGAGCGGUUUGGAUCACCUAUAGACGUGACCAUCGAAAACGGCAUUCGAACCCACCGUAGAUUCCGUCGAAUUGCCGAGACGACCGAAGAGGAAGAGGAACCGGAUAGGACUGGUUGUGGAACCAAGACAUUCUCGUGUGUCGCUGACAUUGUGAGUGAUAUCCUGGCCAACAAUCAAACAGAGGAGGAAGACCACCACCAAGAGAUGGCGCAGAAAAAGCGGAAGCGUGAAAAAGCAUCAGAGCCUAAGACGUGGUACGCACCGCCGGGAACGGCUCUUGACGAACUGAUGCUCCACCUGCACCUCGUUGGAGUCUCUUGCAGCGGUAGGCUUUCCAACUACAGCCACUGGGACUCCCUGUCGUUACCGGCACACGGUAUAACCAUCCGAACCUGGUGCAGUGCGAGCAUGGGCGGGCUCGACCCUGAUGAGUUCGAGCCCGACCAGGCGACAAGAUUGAUCGAGCUGCAUAAUGCGCUGGGUCUAAAGUUCUACCGUGGUGUUUUGGAUUUUCGAGUGUCGAGCCAGUACAGCCAGUCUCUUCUCGCCCUCCUUGAGGUAUGCUGGCGAGGGCCUAUCGUCGGGGCGGAGGAUGUGUCCGGGAGUUCAUACGGGAGGGAAGACUGGCAGUGUGACAUCAACGGGGCACACACGGCGGCUCUGAUGAACAUGGAGACGGUACCCGUUUUCGGCCACAUGGACGAAGUGGAGGAGUUCGAUGGACACGAUAUUGAGGAUUGGACCCUGUACAUCAUAAACCUGGACGCGCUCGACGAGCCAGACGUUUUCCUGAACGCGGAUGUGACGCCAGUCUUCGGUCGAAACUAUAAGCGAUACCUCGACCUCAUCGACACCGCGCCUCGUCAUAGAGUCACCCACUUCGUGCGGCCCUCGAGGACCGUCGGCAGGUGCCACAUUCCCACCCUGGUCAUUCCUCUGUGGGGUGGCGUCGGCGCCGGCUUCAGUUCGAUGGGAGACGCGCACAACGCCUGGUGUUCUCUCGAGAAAAGCACCAAGCGCAAUCUGUGGCCGGAAAUAUGCGAGGCCGAGUCACCUUCGAAACUAGAAAGUUUACUCCGCGGCUUGUUGUCUCAGCAAGGUUCAAGAGUGGUGUGUGCGGUGACCGGAGAACACGGAGGGGCGGGGAAGAGUUAUUGUGCCUUCCGCGCUGCGAAGAAAAUCUUUAAGACGGGGCUGGUCGUGACCCCCACCAAUAGUCUGAGAACGUCCUUUACAGACAUGCCAUCCGGAUGGAGUGUAAAGACCGCCGAUCACCAGCUCGGGUUCUAUCUAGGUAAUGAUUCAGAAAUGAGGAAGACGGCGGGGUCGAUACGAACGCUCAAGGUCGACGUAAUCAUCAUUGAAGAAGCUGCUUAUAUGCCUCUGCGGACCUUAAGCAUGAUCCUGGCCGCUGCUCGUUGUAGCGGUACCCACGUGAUCGGGACGUACGACACGCACCAACUCCAGCCCGUUUGUGAGAGCAGUGGCAUGUCGAUUAGCAGCGACAACGUCGACAGGAAAGUCAUCCUCGAAAAAGCCUUCCCCACAUGUUUUCACGUCUUCGCGCGCAAGCGGGAUAAAACUACCGAAGAACAAGUGGAGAUGGACGACGGUCUCUUGUACAUUCUGGCCGCAGGAAACAACAGUCAAGAGGCGCAGACUCGAGCCAUCGAGAGGUUUGGUCGUGAAUGUCCAACGGGCAACGACCCUAGCCCUUCAGAAUUUCACCUCGCUUACACUAGAGACUGUGCUCGGUUCCACGCCUUUCGAGGAUUGCUGGGGUGCGACGAAGCUGGUGGCUGGGAUGGGCUGGGGCGUACAACGGUUAUCGGUGCACAACACCGGGACCUCGGGAACCUGGGCAAGGUUCAUAAGAAUCACACCUACAACAUCAUCCGAUCCUCAGCAGGGUCGAACGGUCGAGGGAACGUUGAUCAUCCACCAAGCCCGGCAUCCUCGCGCCGACGUGCACUGGCUGUAUACGGCGGUCAGUCGAGCGACAGGACCCUCGAGCGUCAGGGUCAUAGACGACAUUCAUCGCAGCGAGAGCGACAUGUCCGAUCGGGUGAGGACAUCAUGGGUUUCUAG